AUGAGUCCACCAAUGAUGUUAGGCUAUUGCUUUUUUGGAAGAUCAUCUCUUAAAUCUGUUGGUCUCCAAAGACAGAGGGAAGCAGUUGCUGCAAAUGCCCAACCAAACGAACAAAGGGAAGAAUUUGUACCUGUGGAACAAGAUUCUCGAGUGCUUCAUCCAUAUAGAAGGAAUGGAGCGAAAUGGUAUA